AUGAAGAUCGACUGGUCUAAAGAGUACAAGGCCGACGGGACCAGAAGGAGCCCUCCCCCCAAUGCUUUGCACGGCUGGCUGGCAAAGAUGCGAGGGACUCUUGUCGGUAACGAGGAAGUUAGAAGCAAAGGGAUGCGAGAAAUGCGGGAUGCUCGAAGGUACAAGGAGACCCAAAGAGCGCGAGCGAAGAUGGCAAAGGCCAAAAACGGCGGGGGCGGUUUCCUCUCAAUCUUUAGCAAAUCCAAGCCCAAACCCCAACCCCAACAGCCUGGCCGCCGACUCACUCGCUCUGACCGUAGCACGAGUUAUUCCUCGAGGAAGACACACCAGUCAAGUUCCUCCAGCAGGCGAUCCCGUCCUGCACCGCCUUCCCGUCGGGGGACCAACACGUCUUCACGUACCAUGCCUGGCGCAUAUCCUCAAGAAUCUAAGUCUUCAAGAUCCACUCCUUCUCGCAGAUCGAGCAGAAGAUAG